UCUGUGCAUAAGCAAUAAAGUUGUGAAAAAAACAGGAAACAGAUCUGGACGGCUAAGAUGGCGGAGGAGCAGCAGGAAUCAUCACAGGGGGAGAUCGAGGGAGUGAACUGCCUCGCUUAUGAUGAGGCCAUAAUUGCACAGCAGGACAGAAUACAACAAGAGAUUGCCAACAGUAACCCGUUAGUGUCUGAAAGAAAGGAGCUCUCCGUGCUGCAGAGGGAGUACUCUGAGGAUGACACCGUUUAUCAGCUCAAGAUUAAGGACUUGUACAAAAAAUAUUCAUACAUCCGCAAGACAAGACCAGACGGGAAUUGUUUCUACAGAGCUUUUGGCUUCGCACAUCUCGAGUCUCUUCUUGAUGACAGCAAAGAACUGCAGAGGUUCAAGGAAGUGGCAGCAAAAAGCAAACUGGACCUGGUUAACGAGGGUUUUACCGAGUUCACCAUCGAGGACUUCCACCACACUUUCAUGGACUUGAUCGAGUUGUGCGAAAAGCAGCCAAGCCUGAAGGAGCUACUGAGAUCCUUCAAUGACCAGAACGUGUCGGACUACGUGGUUGUGUAUUUGCGGCUGCUCACCUCGGGCUACCUGCAGCGGGAGCAUAGUUUCUUUCAGCACUUCAUCGAGGGAGGAUGCUCUGUCAAAGAAUUCUGUCAGCAGGAGGUGGAGCCAAUGUCUAAAGAAAGUGACCACAUUCACAUCAUCGCCUUAGCCCAGGCCCUGAACUUAUCCAUCCUUGUGGAGUACAUGGAUCGAGGAGAGGGAGGAACAGUCAAUCAUCACGUCUUCCCAGAAGGCGGAGACCCACGCAUCUUCCUGCUCUAUAGACCAGGCCAUUAUGACAUCUUGUACAAAUAGCGCAACUGCCUCUCCCCCCCCCCCCGUCAAUAUCCCCAGCAGCCUAACCCACUAGGGAUGAAACGGUAUACCAGAAAACGCCAACGGGCGGCCCCAGAACUUGUCGACUCCAUCCUAUUCAAUUUUUACCCUAUUUAAUGAACUCAAAACAUUAAAUAAAGUUUGUUCGAGUCUGUUACAUCAUUUUACACCCCCAUCUCUUCCCUGAAUAGUAGGCUCCAUCCUCCCAGACAUUUUUUUUGCUAGUUGUGAGCUCCACUUAAAAUGUAAUUACCAAAAUUGAUUUUAGUAAGUUGGAAAUGUAAUGCAGAAAUAUGACAUUUAAGGUGCAAGGUGGUCUAGUCCAGUAUAUACGCUACUUGGGAUCCCAGUAGUAGCAGGAAUAACAUCUGAGGUGGAUGUUGUGGUCCACAGCUUAGCACGAUUGGCAAAGUGUGACCCUAAAACUAAUUGGGUAGUCCUUCAGAAUACAUUCAUGGUGAUACUUUAGUGCCUACAGAGGAGGCUGGUCGGAAUAAAAUAUCAACAAUAACGCGGAAAAUACAGCUAACAGUGACAGUUCUGGUCGCAAUGGCCGUCCAUGUAUGAAAUGUGUACCGUUUCAUCUCUAGCAGCCACACGGAUGAAGCGUAAGAAUGGUGGUCUGAAACCAAAUCAAACAGAUUGAACACAGUCCAUGGUGUCCCCAAACAACCCUCAAGUCAUCACAAAAUAUCGAAUGAAAUCAUGACUGACAAAAAAUAGAUGAAGUGACCCCUGGCAUUUUAGAGUUGUACAGGUUUCUUUUGUGGUUGUAAAUGUUAUCUUCUUGCUUUGUUGGAUACUUUUCCUUUGUUACACUGCGUUUCAUUGAGUUUUAUUAAAGGGAUUUACAUGACAGUUACACAUGAAA